UAUUCAUUAUGCAACAAAAAACACACAGUUUACUCACAAGUCACAACACAAAUUAGAAGAGAUGGCGACGUCAGGAACAUAUGUAUCCGAGGUUCCGUUGAAAGGAUCAGCAGAGAAACACUACAAGAGGUGGAAGAGUGAGAACCACCACUUUCCAGACGCCAUAGGCCAUCACAUCCAAGGUGUCACACUCCACGAAGGCGAUUGGGACUCUCAUGGAUCCAUCAAGAUUUGGAACUACACAUGCGAUGGGAAACCGGAGGUGUUUAAGGAGAGGAGAGAGAUAGACGAUGAGAAUAAUGCGGUCACGUUCAGAGGUCUUGAAGGCCACGUGAUGGAGACUCUUAAGCUGUAUGACACCACCAUUCAGUUCAUUCAAAAAUCGCCUGAUGAUAUCGUUUGCAAGAUCACUAUGGUCUGGGAGAAGCGAACCGAUGACUCACCUGAGCCCAUUAACUACAUGAAGUUGGUCACGAGCAUGGUUGCUGAUAUGGACAACCACGUCCUCAAAGCUUAAAUAAAUCCUCUUUAUCUUUCAAAACAUCAUCACCGGCUCCCUCUGUGUUGUGUGGGUGUCUUUCGUUUGUUGAAAUCAAUAUAAUAAUGGAGCCCUUGUAUGGUUUGGUUAAUUACUAUUAUUGCUUGGUUUUGUAAUAUGCUUUCAUGUUUUCAGUUAUGGUGAGUAAUUAACUGCAAGGUUUCAUGUUAUGUCAUGUGUAUGUCCAUCUACACAUGUCUCCUUGUAGAAAAUGCUAUAGUGUAUAGUUUGUGUGAUAUAUAUGUUACUAGUCU